AUGCCGAGGGGGGGAACUAGACGUCCGGGCAGCCCUAGUUCUCCAUAUAUCCCGUCCAGGACCGUUGCGCACCGCGCAACUCCAUCUUCUCCGAGACAGACGGAUGUAUUGGUUUAUCCUCUCCUUUGGACACUGCUAGCAAUGCCGAGAGGGGAACUGACAGACGUCCGGGCAGCCCUAGCCCGUAGCGCACCGCGCAACUCCAUCGUCUCUCGAGACAGACGGAUGUAUUGGUUUAUCCUCUCUUCCUUUGACACUGCCCUAGUUCUCCAUAUAUCCAAGGCUCGUAGCGCACUGCGCAACUCCAUCGUCUCUCGAGACAGACGGGGAACAAGGCCUAGACGUCCGGGCAGCCUACGCACCUGCGCAACUCCAUCGUCUCUCGAGACAGACGGAUGUAUUGGUUUAUCCUCUCCUUUGGACACUGCUAGCAAGGCCGAGAGGGGGGAACUAGACGUCCGGGCAGCCCUAGUUCUCCAUAUAUCCCGUCAGGCCCGUAGCGCACCGCGCAACUCCAUCUCUCUCGAGACAGACGGAUGUAUUGGUUUAUCCUCUCCUUUGGACAUUGCUAGCAAGGCCGAGGGGGAACUAGACGUCCGGGCAGCCCUAGUUCUCCAUAUAUCCCGUCCAGGCCGUAGGCGCACCGCGCAACUCCAUCGUCUCGAGACAGACGGAUGUAUUGGUUUAUCCUCUCCUUUGGACACUGCUAGCAGGGCCGAGAGGGGAACUAGACGUCCGGGCAGCCCUAGUUCUCCAUAUAUCCCGUCCAGGCCCGUAGCGCACCGCGCAACUCCAUCGUCUCUCGAGACAGACGGAUGUAUUGGUUUAUCCUCUCCUUUGGACACUGCUAGCAAGGCCGAGAGGGGGAACCAGACGCCCGUAGCGCACCGCGCAACUCCAUCGUCACCGAGACAGACGGAUGUAUUGGUUUAUCCUCUCCUUUGGACACUGCUAGCAAAGGCCGAGAGGAGACGUCCGGGCAGCCCUAGUUCUCCAUAUAUCCCGUCCAGGCUCGUAGCGCACCGCGCAACUCCAUCGUCUCUCGAGACAGACGGAUCAAGGCCGAGAUGGGGAACUAGACGUCCGGGCAGCCCUAGUUCUCCAUAUAUCCCGUCCAGGCCCGUAGCGCACCGCGCAACUCCAUCUUCUCCGAGACAGACGGAUGUAUUGGUUUAUCCUCUCCUUUGGACACUGCUAGCAAGGCUGAGAGGGGAACUAGACGUCCGGGCAGCCCUAGUUCUCCAUAUAUCCCGUCAGGCUCGUAGCGCACCCAUCGUCUCUCGAGACAACCAUCGUCUCUCGAGACAGACGGAUGUAGACGUUGGUUUAUCCUCUCCUUUGGACACGGAUGUAUUGGCCCGUAGCGCACCGCGCAACACCAUCUUCACCCGAGACAGACGGAUGUAUUGGCCCGUAGCGCACCGCGCAACUCCAUCUUCACUCGAGACAGACGGAUGUAUUGGUUUAUCCUCUCCUUUGGACACUGCUAGCAAGGCCGAGAGGGGAACUAGACGUCCGGGCAGCCCUAGUUCUCCAUAUAUCCCGUCCAGGCCCGUAGCGCACCGCGCAACUCCAUCUUCACCGAGACAGACGGAUGUAUUGGCUCGGCAGCCCAUCGUCUCUCGAGACUCCGGAUAUUGGCCCGUAGCGCACCCGCAACUCCAUCGUCUCGAGACAGACGGAUGUAUUGGUUUAUCCUCUCCUUUGGACACUGCUAGCAAGGCCGAGAGGGGAACUAGACGUCCGGGCAGCCCUAGUUCUCCAUAUAUCCCGUCCAGGCUCGUAGCGCACCGCGCAACUCCAUCGUCUCGAGACAGACGGAUGCUCGUAGCGCACCGCGCAACUCCAUCGUUCACUCGAGACAGACGGAUGUAUUGGUUUAUCCUCUCCUUUGACACUGCUAGCAAUGCCGAGAGGGGAACUAGACGUCCGGGCAGCCCUAGUUCUCCAUAUAUCCUGUCCAGGCCCGUAGCGCACCGCGCAACUCCAUCGUCUCCGGAGACAGACGGAUGUAUUGGUUUAUCCUCUCCUUGGACACUGCUAGCAAGGCCGAGAGGGGAACUAGACGCCGUAGCGCACCGCGCAACCCAUUGUCUCUCGAGACAGACGGAUGUAUUGGUUUAUCCUCCUUUGGACACUCCUAGCAAGGCCGAGAGGGGAACUAGACGUCCGGGCAGCCCUAGUUCUCCAUAUAUCCUGCUCGUAGCGCACCGCGCAACUCCAUCGUCUCUCGAGACAGACGAUGUAUUGGUUUAUCCUCCUUUGGACACUGCUAGUAAGGCCGAGAGGGGAACUAGACGAGGGCAGCCUAGUUCUCCAUAUAUCCCGUCCAGGCCCGUAGCGCACCGCGCAAGUUCAUCACCGGAGACAGACGGAUGUAUUGGUUUAUCCCCUUUGGACCAGGAAGGCGCCGAGAGGGGAACCAGACGUCCGGGCAGCGCUAGUUCUCCAUAUCCCGUCCAGGCUCGUAGCGCACCGCGCACCCAUCUUCACCUCGGAGACAGACGGAUGCCUGUAGCGCACCGCGCAACUCCAUCGUCUCCUCGAGACAGACGGAUGCAUUGGUUUAUCCUCUCCUUUGACACUGCUAGCAAUGCUGAGAGGGGGGAACUAGACGUCCGGGCAGCCCUAGUUCUCCAUAUAUCCCGUCCAGGCCUGCACAAAGCGCACCGCGCAACCCAUCAUCUCGAGACAGACGGAUGUAUUGGUUUAUCCUCUCCUUUGACACUGCUAGCAAUGCCGGAGAGGGGAACUAGACGUCCGGGCAGCUCAGUUCUCCAUAUACGUCCAGGCCCGCCUGUAGCGCAACCCAACUCCAUCGUCUCGAGACAGACGGAUGUAUUGGUUUAUAUCCUCCUUGACACUGCAAGCAAAGGCCGAGAGGGGGAACUAGACGUCCGGGCAGCCCUAGUUCUCCAUAUAUCCUGUCCAGGCCCGCCCGUAGCGCACCGCGCAACUCCAUUCACCUCGAGACAGACGGAUGUAUUGGUUUAUCCUCUUCCUUGGACACUGAGAGGGGAACUAGACGUCCGGGCAGCCCAGUUCCAUAUAUCCUGUAGAGGUCGUAGCGGGCAACCCAUCGUCUCGAGACCGGAUGCAGCGCGCAACUCACUCUACCCGAGACAACUCGUAUUCGUGACAUUGCUAAAGGCUGAGAGACAGACGGAUGUAUCACCCCGAGACAGACGGGUACAUCCUCUCCUUUGGACACCUGGCAAGGAGGGGGAGGGGGGAACUCCAGACGUCCAGGGCAGCCCUACUCCAUCUUCUCCAUAUAUCCCUGUCCAGGCAUAUAUCCGUAGCGCACUGCGCAACUCCAUCUGUCUCCCUGGAGACAGACGGAUGUAUUGGGCCCGUAGCGCACCGCGCAACUCCAUCGUCUCGAGACAGACGGAUGUAUUGGUUUAUCCUCCUUGGACACUGCUAAGGCCGAGAGGGGGAACUAGACGUCCGGGCAGCCCUAGUUCUCCAUAUAUCCCGUCCAGGCCCGUAGCGCACUGCGCAACUCCAUCGUCUCGAGACAGACGGAUGUAUUGGUUUAUCCUCUCUUUUGACACUGCUAGCAAGGGCCGAGAGGGGGGAACUAGACGUCCGCAGCCCCUAGUUCUCCAUAUAUCCUGUCCAGGCCGUAGCGCACUGCGCAACUCCAUCGUCACCUCGAGACAGACGGAUGUAUUGGCCUGUAGCGCACCUGGCGCAACUCCAUCUUCUCUCGAGACAGACGGAUGCCCUCCAUAUAUCCCGUCCAGGUUUAUCGUCUCGAGACAGACUUUGGACACUGCUAGCAAGGCCGAGAGGGGAACCAGACGUCCGGGCAGCCUUAGUUCUCCAUAUCCUGUCCAGGCUCGUAAAGGGCACCGCGCAACCCAUCGUCUCUCGAGACAGACGGAUGUAUUGGUUUAUCCUCCCUUGGACAUUGCCGAGAGGGGAACUAGACGGCCGAGAGGGGGAACCUGGGUCCAGCCCGUAGACGUCCUCGAGACAGCCCUAGUUCUCCAUAUCCUGCCGAGAGGGGGAACUAGGGACGUCCGGGCAGCCCUAGUUCUCCAUAUAUCCCGUCCAGCGUCCCGUAGCGCACUGCGCAACUCCAUCUUCACCGAGACAGACGGAUGUAUUGGUUUAUCCUCCUUGGACACUGCUAGCAAUGCCGAGAGGGGAACUAGACGUCCGCAGCCUAGUUCUCCAUAUAUCCCGUCCAGGCUCGUAGCGCACCGCGCAACUCCAUCGUCUCUCGAGACAGACGAUGUAUUGCGCACCGCGCAACCCCAUCCCGAGACAGACGGAUGUAUUGGCUUAUCCCUCCUUGGGACACUGCUAGCAAGGCUGAGAGGGGGAACUAGACGUCCGGGCAGCCCUAGUUCUCCCGUCCAUAUAUCCGCGUCCACCCAUCACGAGACAGACGCACUAUUGGCACCGCGCAACCCAUUUAUUGGUUUAUCCCUUCCUUGGACACUGCUAGCAAGGCCGAGAGGGGGAACCAGACGUCCGGGCAGCCCUAGUUCUCCAUAUAUCCUGUCCAGGCGGGUAGCGCACCGCGCGCAACUCCAUCGUCUCUCUCGAGACAGACGGAUGCUCGUAGCGCAGCAACUCCAUCAUCUCGAGACAGACGGAUGUGCUGUUUAUCCUCCUUUGUCAAGGCCGAGGGGGGAACUAGACGUCCGGGCAGCCCCGUCUCCAUAUAUCCCGUCCAGGCCCGUAGCGCACCGCGCAACUCCAUCUUCCCGAGACAGACGGAUGUAUUGGUUUAUCCUCCUUUGGACAAUCCUAGCAAUGCCGAGAGGGGAACUAGACGUCCGGGCAGCCCUAGUCUCCAUAUAUCCUCAAUGCCGAGGGGGGAACAGACGCAGAUGUAUAGCGCACCCGUCCAGGACAGACCGUCCCCUUCCUCGGACACCGGGCGAGAUGGGGCAACGUCCCAUAGUUCCUCCAUAUAGUCCAGACGGAUGCAACUCCAUUCGAGACACGGAUGGUAUUAACACUUUGCUAGCAAGGCCGAGAGGGGAACUGGGGAUGUCUGGGCAGCCCAGUUCUCCAUAUCCCCGUCCAGCCGAGAGGGGAACCAGUCCGGGCAGCUCUAUCUCCAUAUAUCCUGUCCAGGCCUUGGCGCACUGCGCAACUCCAAGGCCGAAACAGACGGGGGGUUUAACUCCUUGCACAGACCCGUCGCACCGCGCAAUCCAUCCCCUGAGACAGUCCAGGGACACUGUAGGCCGAGAGGGUAAACGUCCGGGCAGCCCAACUCCAUAUCCUGUCCAGGCUCGUAGACAGCAACCCAUCGUCUCUCGGAGACAGACGGAUGUAGUGGCCUGUAGCGCACUGCGCAACCCAUCGUCUCGAGACAGACGGAUGUAUUGGUUUAUCCCUCUCCUUUCACUGCUAGCAAGGCCGAGAGGGGAACCACAGACGUCCGGGCAGCCCUAG